AUGGGUCUCUCUUUAGUUUGCUUGUUCAUGCUGGUACUUGUGGGAUAUGGAGUUGGCCUUAAUGAUGUAUGCCAAGAAGCAAGGUGCAAGAAACAUGGUCCAGUCAUUAGAUUUCCAUUCAGACUCAGAGACAAGCAGCCAGAUCACUGCGGCUAUCCUGGGUUUGAUCUAUCUUGCACUGACAGGAAAGAAACGUUGCUGGAGCUGCCAACUUCAGUGAAACUCAACAUCAAGAAAAUUGACUAUGCAGCACAGCUGAUCACUGCAACUGACCCAGAUAACUGCCUGCCAAAGCAGCUCAGAAACUUGAGUUUAUCUACAUCUCUUUUCAAAUUUGCAAGCCAUUACGUGAAUGAUUAUGCCCUUUUCAACUGUACAUCAUGGAAGGACAAUUCAUAUACGCAGAUACGUUGCCUUAGUGGUUCUGGAUAUGAUAUUUAUGCCUACGGAUCUGAUUCUAUCAUCGGUUAUACAGACCUGACUUCUUGCACGAAGAUAUAUAAUCUUUCAUCAAUUCCAGAUGAAAUCGUUGGGAAAGACAAUAGUCUUCAAUUGAAGUGGUCAGGGCCAGCUUGUGGAGCAAAUUGUGAAGCACGUGGCAAGUUUUGCAGACGGAAGAAUAACACCGCUAGGUAUGAGAUUGAAUGCUAUGACAAGCCUAAAUCAAAUAAAGGCAUCAAAAAGAAGAUUGCGGCUGCAGUUACGACCGUGGGUUCGGUUCUUCUAUUAGUGGAGACUUCACCCAAUUUGCAGACUCCAAUAGCAUUCAAUGAAGUUGGAUUUGGUCAAAGAACACUGAAAGAGGAAGGAGCCGUUAUCUUUAUCUCUUAUUAUGGUGCUGAAAAGAACUUGUCUUUGGAAAUGGAUCUCUCUGUCUCUGUAGUUUGCUUGUUCAUACUGGGCCUUGUAGGUUAUGGAGUUGGGCUUGAAGAUCUGUGCCAAGGGCUCAUUACUUCCCACCAAAAAGACAAUAUUCUAAAGUCAAUGCCGCAAAAGGCAAACCACAAUGAAUGUCAUGGAGUUGGCCUUAAAGAUCCGUGCCAAGAAGCAAGGUGUAAGAAGCAUGGUCCAGUCAUAAGAUUCCCUUUCAGACUCAAAGGCAAGCAGCCAGGUCACUGUGGCUUUUCUGGGUUUGAUCUAUCUUGCACUGACAGGAAACAAACAUUGUUGGGGCUGCCAACUUCGGUGAAACUCUACAUCAAUAAUAUUGACUAUGCAUCGCAGUUGAUCACUGCAACUGACCCAGAAAACUGUCUUCCAAGACAGCUCUUGAAAAUUAAUUUAUCCACAUCUCCUUUUAAAUUUGCAGAACGAAUCCAGAGAGAUGUGGACCUUUUCAACUGUACUUCAAGGCAGAGAAACGCUUAUCUGGCAAUGCCUUGCCUUAGUGUUCCUGGAUUUGAUAUUUAUGACUUGACUUCUGGUAGUAUCGUCGCUGAUUUCGACCUGACUUCUUGUACCAAGAUGUAUAAUCUUUUAUCAAUUCCGAAUGAAAUACAUAGCAGGGACAACAUUCUUCAUUUGAAUUGGUCAAGACCGGCUUGUGGACUUUGUGGUGCACAAGGCAAGCUCUGCAGAUUGAAGAAUAACACUGCUAGGCUUGCGACUGAAUGCUAUGACAAGCCUAAAUCAAAUGAAGUGGUCUGCGGAGAGUUCAGGUUGGUAAUGGUUGAAGGCGUUGUCAGAGGAGAUGGUGAUCUUGCAAGACGAGUUGUCAUGGGUAUAAUGCAGGUUGAUUGGUGGGGGAUUAGUUGGUUAAGGCGGAAUGGAUUUUCUAGUUUUGAGCUACUGUUACUUGCAGAGUCAUAUUGGAGCUUGGAGUUCAAGGCAAUUAAGGUGGAUUUUGGUGAUGGAUAUAGAAUUUGGGAGAUGGCGAUUCUGGUGAAUUUUAAGCAAUUGAGACUAUUGUCAAUUGUGAGAGUAGCACCAGCAGUAGCAGUAGGAGGCUAG